UUAGGGGUUUGACAGAUUAAUAAUCGUCUUGUUUACAUUUUUUACUUAAAAGCGAUUUGCUCAAUAAAUUCUCUUGAAUUCCACGCUUUAACUGCUAGAAUGGCUUCCUCAUUAGAAAACCUCGAGGCCCAGCUUGAAAUGUUCAUAGAAAACGUGCGACAGAUCCACAUAAUAGUCAGCGACUUUCAGCCCCAGAGUCAGAACGUUUUGAACCAGAAAUUACAAGCCAUGGUACAUGGCUUACAGGAAGUGGACAAGCUAAAAUCUCAAGUACAAGACAUCCAUGUGCCCCUGGAGGUAUUCGAGUACAUCGACCAGGGAAGAAAUCCUCAACUGUACACAAAAGACUGCAUAGAAAAGGCCCUGGCCAAAAACGAGCAAGUUAAAGGAAAGAUCGAUGCUUAUCGCAAGUUUAAGGCCAAUAUGUUGGUGGAGCUUAGUCGCACAUUUCCUACUGAGUUGAGCAAAUAUAGGGCUUUGAGGAGUGACGAAUAGGAUUAACUUUAUUUGGUAUUUCAUUAGUUAUAGGCACUGUAAUGUUGUUUUUUAUGUAAGAAUAUAGAUAUUUUAAUGUA